AUGUCGGGUCCCAACGAUCAUGAUCGUGAUCCAAGCCGCCAGGAUCACGGCCGGCCUUGGAACGCCCCGGAGGAGCAGGCUGCUUAUCCUUAUCCGCCAUCUUCCUAUCCUCCUCCCCCGGAUCAGGAUCGCGCCUACCAAUAUCCACCUCCAUCACAGUACGCGCCUUCGCAGUAUCCUCCUCAGUAUCCUCCAUCGCAAUAUCCCCCGGCCCAGUAUCCGCCUCAAGGGUACCCGCCUCAGAAUAUGAACGCUAUCCACGGAGCUCAAGAUCCUUACCGGCUUCCACCCCCGCCGGGUCCCUAUCGCGCGGAUGCCUAUGGACAUCCUCCCGCAGCGCAAGGUCCUUACCAAGCAGCAGCUCCACGACAGAGAACGGCCAUAGCAUGCCGGUACUGUCGCCGCCGGAAGAUCCGAUGCUCGGGAUUUGAUACCUCCGCCGAUGGACGGUGCAGCAACUGUGUUCGUUUUAACCAAGAUUGCAUGUUUACUCCAGUUUCUUCGCAAACUCAGGCGUUCGUGCCCGCACACACCGCCUACCCCCAUCUACGUCCCGGACAGAAUGGACCACCUGGUCGUGGUGCACCACCAGUCCUCUACGGGGCUCAUGGCCAGCCACUACCCCCUCAGCAACAGCCUCAGGGCCCUGAAACCACACUGCCGCCACCUCAAGGGAUGUACUAUCAGAACGGACGACCUAUGGACGGUGCCCCCCUUGCAUCAGGCAUGCCUGAUCCGAGACACCGCCGCGGCUCCAACUCGGGCUUUGAGUACCCCGAUCCCACCAAUCUCGCUCCCGUGACCCCCGCUGGCUCCGCUCCCGGAUACCAGACGCACACCACGCCAAGCCCCUACGCCUACCCUCCCCCACCUGCGCACGACCGACGCACCUCGCCGCCCUCGGCCUACAAUUAUGAUGCACGCCAUUCCUCCUCACCUCACGGAUCGCCCUACCCGCCCAUGCAACCCCACCAGGCACCAAUGACUCCCCACCAGGGUAGCGUGCCACCCGCUCAAGGGGCUCAACCGGGUGGACCCAUUGCGCAAAGCAGUACUCCCCAGCCAGGGGGCGUGACACCGCCUCCCACUUCUACACCUGGUGGUUCUCAACGAGGCGGGUUGAAUGUUCGUGAUAUGCUGAACCCUGGCGAUUCCCAGGGUCGAUCUAGCACCGAUAGCGAUAUGCUAAACGCGCUUAACCGUCGUGGCCCGCAAUAA